AUGGCUCCACCCCGAUACAUUGAACUGCCAGCGGGUCUCAAGCCCGCCGGCACCCCUGGCAGCGAGCUGCUCGCGUACGAGCGUUCAAAGGCUUCCUUUGACCCCAAGGCUUUGGCAGAGUACAUUCACGGCAAGGAGUUUCUCGAGCUACAGGAAAACAUUGUCGAGAUCCUCAGCUCGGACCCCGUGUUUGACAAGACGUCCGACUACUACUAUGGUCGAGCCGACAAGUUCCGCCGUGCCAUGCUCAAAGACAAGCGUCUCGCCCAGCUCGCCGCAGAGCACGGCUGGGGUCAGAAAGAAAACGCUAUGGCCGAAAAGCUCGCCGAUCUGCCUGGUCCGAUGGGUCUGCACAAGAGCAUGUUCUUGACCACGCUCUACAACCAGGGCUCGGACGAGCAGCGCAAGGCAUUUUACGAGCCCGCGUCCAAAUACGAAAUCAUUGGCUGCUACGCUCAGACCGAGCUCGGACACGGCUCCAACGUGCAGGGAAUUGAGACCACCGCUACCUGGAUCCCUGAAUCGCAAGAGUGGGAGAUUCACAGCCCUACGCUGACCGCCAGCAAGUGGUGGAUCGGUGGUCUGGGCAGAUCUGCUGACCACGCCGUCGUGAUGGCUCAGUUGAUCAUCAAGAACAAGAGCUACGGCCCACAUCCGUUUGUGGUGCCCAUCCGUGAUAUCAAGACGCGUGAGAUGCUGCCCGGCCGCACCAUCGGCGACAUUGGCCCCAAGGCGGGCUACAACACGACCGAUAACGGAUUUAUGCUGUUCGAGCACGUGCGUAUCCCGCACUUUAACCUGCUCGCUCGCUUCUCCAAGGUAGAGCCCGAGACGGGAAAGUAUCUGCCGCCACCCAACGCCAAGCUCGCCUACGGUACUCUGACGUGGGUGCGAGCCAACAUUGUACGCGAAGCGUCGACCGUGCUGAUGCGUGCUGUUACGAUUGCCAUUCGCUACUGCGCUGUGCGAAGACAAUUUGCGGACCGCGAUGCGCCCAAGUUUGGCCAUGAUGGCAAGCCUCUGGAGACGCAGGUACUCGACUACACAAUGGUGCAGAUCCGACUGUUCCCCAUUCUGGCGCAGGCGUUUGCGUUUCACUACACUUCGCGUUUCAUGUUUGAUCUUUACGAGCAAAACCAGGCCAAUAUUGAGUCGGGCGAUCUUUCGUUGCUUGCCGACACGCAUGCGUCGAGUUCAGGGCUCAAGUCGUUGACCACGCUGUACGCUAGUGAUGCGAUCGAGGUCUGUCGAAAGGCGUGCGGUGGACACGGUUACAGCAUGGCGUCGGGACUGCCGGAUUUCUACGCCAACUACCUGCCCAACGCGACGUGGGAGGGGGACUCGUACAUGCUGUCGCAGCAGUGCACCCGCUACCUGUUCAAGACAAUGCGCGGCAUCAAGAGCGGCCGCGGCAAGGUGGACAAGAACAUCACCACCGACUACAUGAAGCGAUACCUGGAGAACAAGGAGGAAAAGGCCAACAUCCAAUAUAGCGGCGACCUGUACGACCCUCUCUUCUUUAUGCGUGCAUUUGGCCACCGUGCUGCGUACCUGACUGAACAGACGCUUGCACUGCGUGACGAUGCCAAGCGAUCGUGGAACUCGUUGCUGGUGGAACUCUACCGAUGCUCCAAGGCGCACUCGCAGUACCUGUUGGCUCGCAACUUUGGCAUGGCGAUUCUCAAGGACGAUAAGCUCAACUCGCAACCUGCGUUGCGACAGAUUGUGCAAAAGAUCUUUUUGCUGUGGGCGUGCCACACAAUGGAGCAGGAGUCGGCGGAUUUCCUGGCUUCAGGUUACAUCAACGGACAGCAGUUCCACUUGCUGGGCAGCAAGGUGCAGGAGAUCAUGACCGAGCUGCGACCCAACGCUGUGGCAAUUGUCGACGCGUUCGCCGUGCCCGACUACCUGUUGAACUCGGCGCUGGGACGAUCCGACGGCAACGUUUACGAGGCGCUGUUUGACUUUGCGCUGCGUGAGCCGCUCAACUCGGCCAAGUGGAACGUCGAUAUUCACGAUCUAGAGACGACAGACUUUGAUUCCGACCUGCCUCGUGCCAAGUUGUAA